AUGAGUUGUAAUAAGCAUAAUAUUGAGGACAACACAAAUUCUCCUUCAAAUUUAGUUUGGCAAUCUAUUACAAAUACCUGCUCCGAUACAGAGAAUUUACCAUCGGGAGGGGGUAUUGCUCAUUGUUGUGUCGAUCAUGAGAGAGUGGCUUUUUUCGGAGGGUUGGGAUUGAGGCGAUAUAAUGAAUUAUAUAUUUUCAAUGUCAAUACAAAUGAAUGGAAAAAAGCCUCUCUUGAAAAUGCACCAUCAAAGAGGUGUAAAAGUUCAAUGUGUUGCUACAUAACUGGAAACAAGCAUAAAUUGAUAAUAUUUGGAGGAUGGACGAGUGAGGGAAAGACAAAUGAUAUGCAUGAGUAUUGUAUUGAGGAUGACAAGUGGAAAGAAGUAAAAUAUGCAAAUAAUUCAGUUCCUCCUGCAAGAAGUGCUCAUCACUGUGCAAUCAUUGGAAAACAUAUGAUUAUUUAUGCAGGAAUUGGAGCUAAAAAGUUCGGUGACAUGUACAGAUUUCAUUUGGAAAAGGUAUGA